AUGCUCGCCCGCAUGAGUCUGACCAAGCUUGCGCUGCUGGCCAUGGCAGCAACGGACGUCUUUGCCACAUGGCAGCUGAUAGGCUACAAUCGUCACGGCGACGGACAUAAGGUGAUCGAAGAAGGCACGGGCGAAGUAUAUGUCAUGAGGAAGUUGGAAGGUAAUUUCAAGGAAGUGAAAUUCGUAUCAAACGAAGAUCUCAAGGUCGCUUUCUACGAGACCAAGGAAGCGAACCCUGAUAGGCUGGUGCAGUCCAUGAAAGACAACAAGAAGAAGCAACUGCCCGCGACGGCCAAGUGGUAUGAUAUCCUCGAGAACACGGAUGAAUUUGACAGCGACUAA